UAAUCAAUUCGUAAUGUCUGAUUCUCUAUAUAAGACUAUUUUAAAACUGAAAAGGCCUAUUAAAACGACAAUGUCUUCAAAGGGAUUUUACUCUUUGCGUUUGUACGAAGUGAAGGGAAGCACCAUCAGUGAUCCGACAAUGGUGCAUCUUGGACUGAGGAGAUACAAUAGAAUUCAUCGAAAUUCCAUCGAAAAUUACACUGGCCAUGUACGAAGUAUCAAGGGCACCGCAGAUAUUGCACUUAGAGAUGUUCAGGAUCUGUACUACUACGGGACAAUGGAUGUAGGCACUCCUCCGCAGACGAUCCGAGUGCUGUUCGAUACUGGGUCUUCAGACUUGUGGGUUCCAUCCAACAAGAUAUGCAGCAAUGAUACUAAUUACUGCAGUAAGUGUCAAUAAAUAUUUGCCAUGUAA